GUCAAAUGUCAAUAUUUAUAAACAACAUCGCAUUACUUCAGUUUUGAAAGUUUCGAAUAUAAAAACUAAAAAACUUUUUUAUGUCUUUUUAUGUUUUUUAAACGAAUGUAACAAUGAAACCAAAAAUUAGCCAUGGGUAUUUAACACCUCAACCAACAAAGAAAAAAGAUAAAAGGGAAAACAAUAAUGCAAGAUCAAGAGAUAACUUGAACACAGGUUUGGUGUUCAAUGAGGAACACUUUUCAGAACUAAUGAAGGAUCCAAUAAAACGAAAUUUGAUAAUUAAUCUUAUAACUAAAGAGAAAGAUAAAAUUGAAGCCUAUAAGAAAGAACUUGCGAAAAAGCACCCGUCUAGUCCAUUGCUGAAAACAAUGAAAAGACCUUGUGAGAGUCCAACUCAGUUAUUAAGGAGAAGGGCUUUAGAACAGAUGAAUAACCCACAAUCAUCAGAAAACUCAGAAGGCGGUAGUAAUAGUAGACCUACAUCUGGGCAGUCUGGGGCGUCUACUGUACCAUCUCCAGUUAGUUACAAUAAAAUAUUGGAGGGUGUCAUAGCUUUCGUUGAGGUCAAGACUGGUACUAAAGAUCGUUCAGAUGCUGUGAAAGCCCAUUUACAAACAAUGGGUGCUGUUAUCAGAGAGAAAAUUACAAAAGAUGUGACACAUGUGAUUUUUAAAGAUGGUUCAUUUACUACUUAUCAAAAAGCAAACCUACUGAAGGUUCACUUAGUGUCAGUUUUAUGGCUUGAAGCAUGCAAAUCUAGCCAUAUGAAGGUAUCUGAGAAAAACUAUCCUGCCAUUGGCACUGAGGCCUAUGAUCACAAUGUAUCUGCCCUUUGUUCACAAAUGCAAAAAGAUUAUGAAGACAUUAUCCAUGAAGAAUUUCAACGUAGUAUUCAAGCAGGUACACCAUUGCCUUCUGCCAAAGCUCUUAUUGACAGAAGAAGAACAAUAGUCAUGACUCCAGCUGGAAAAGAAGUACAGUCUUUUACGAGAAGAUCUUUACAAGCUGGUCCUUCUGGCACCAUUAGACUGACACCAGAUGGAGAUAUUACAGAUGAUGAAUCUGAUUUGGGACCUCUGAUAGAUGGUGAUAUAGUGGAUAGAAGUAGUGACUUAUUUGAAGAUUUUGUAAAAACUACCCCUGUCAAAAAUGGUGAAGUUUUAUCAAAAACCAGCAAUAAUCAUGAAGAUAUGGAAUUAACUGAUCUACAAAAGAGCCCACUUCUUCCUCCAUUUAGAUUUAGUUCUCCUGACAGCUCACCAGAAAUUUAUACAAUACAAACUCAACAGGCUGGUAAGAGUGUUUCAAAAACUCCAAGGAAUGAAGAAGUUAAUGAUGAUGAUAUCUACAGGAGAAGAACAGCAGUUCUGAACAAUUUAGAUGUUGAUAAUAUUUGUACACCUGAAAAUGGUAGAAAAUCUAGAGUACGAACACCACGAACCUGUAGAAUUUUUAACAAAGACGAUGUGCUAACACCUGACGAAUCAAAUGCUUUAACACCAAGAAGUCUUCAUAUUUUUAGCAAAAAUAUUAGUCGUGGUACACCAGAUAUCACAAAAUCUAAUAAAGAAAAAGGAAGUGCUCCAAACCUUACUACAGAAACAGAUAGUUCAGUAGCACAAACGUUUAGCAAACCUACAGAAAAAUCUACAAGUACCAAUAUGUCUUCUCUUCGAAUAUCAGAAGAAUCAAAAAAUAAUAGUAAGUCCACUGGAAAGACAAGUUUUGAAUCUUGUAAAACAUCUUUUAGUCCUCUACAAGCAAAUUUAGUAAACAAUAUUUUAAAAACUUUACAAAAUAAUUCGUCCAUGGCUGAUAAAUCAGGGGAUUUAGAAAAUGAUACAUCAAACCAAAACCCCAGUUUAUCCAAGAAUAAGGACACUUCUUAUGAUAAAGUAAAGGUAGAGGAAAUUGAGACUAAAAACACCUCUAGUGAUAAGGCAAAAAGUCUUUCUUUUGAGCACGUUACUCUUAGAAAGAAACGAAUUCCCAAAGAAAAAGAUACUAUCAACGAAGAGGAAUCUAAAAUUACGCAAGACCUAUUUCAAAGCGAAGAUGAACUAGUUGAGAACGGUUUAAAUGAAGUAAAACAAUCUCGAAAUACUAGAAGAAAAACCUUAGCUGCCUCUACUGGAAUUAGUAAGAAUCAACCAGAAAAUCAAAAAGAGGUUUCCAGUGAAAACAAAUAUGAUGGUAAAAAGGUAGGGAAAUCCAAAAAUGUCCAAGCAAAUAUUAGAAACUUGGCCCGCGCCUUGGAAAAAGAGUUUGAAACAUCAGAUGAAGAUAUUCCAAUAGAAAAACCUAAAGGAACUGACAAAUCAAAAAAUAAAAGGGCUACCAUGAGUGGAAGUGAUGUAAAAGAAAAUAUUGGACAGACAGCUAAUGUUCAAGUCAAGGAUGACUCUAACAUCAAGAAAAGAGAAAAACGAGUAAUAAAGCAAAAUAGAAGGCAAACAAUGGGUCCUUUAGUAAGUUUACAAGAAAUUGAGUACAGUGAACCCAAAUCAAGAGCAAAUCGUCGAAAAACUUUGGCACCUUCAACGACGGAAAAGGUUUCUGCUAUUGACAAAAGUAGUCCUACCAACAAUGAAUCUAAUGAACCAAAAUCAAGACCAAAUCGUCGAAAAACUUUAGCACCUUCAAAUGCAACAACGACAGAAAAGGUUUCUGCUAAUGAUCAAAGUAGUCCCCCAAAAAUUGAAUCUAAUGAAGCCAAAUUGAAAGCUAAUCGUCGAAAAACUUUAGCAUCUUCAGAUGCAACAGCGACAGAAAAGGUUUCUGCUAAUGACCAAAGUAGUCCCGCAAAGAAUGAAUCUAAUGAAGCCAAAUGGAAAGCUAAUCGUCGAAAAACUUUAGCAUCUUCAGAUGCAACAACGACAGAAAAAGUUUCUCCUAAUGACCAACGUAGUCCCGAAAAGAAUGAACCUAAUGAAGCCAAAUCGAAAGCUAAUCGUCGAAAAACUUUAGCAUCUUCAGAUGCAUUAACAAAAGAAAAGGUUUCUGCUAGUGACAAAGGUAGUCCCGCAAAGAAAGCUAAAACCUCACCUCCUGAUAAAGGAAUGAGUGAAUUUAGUGAACCCAAAUCUAGAGAAAAUCGUCGAAAAACUGUGGCACCAUCAACGACAGAAAAUGUUUCGUCUAACGACCAAGGUAGUCCUGCAAAGAAGGUUAAAACAACACCUGUUAAAGCUAGUACAAGAAGACAGACUAUCAGUGCUUCGGCUGUUAAACCAAAAAGAGAUGAUAAAGAGAUCCUACGGAGAACAAUGAGCUCGACAGAUGUAAAUAAUAUUGACGUCAGUAUUCCACCUGAUUCUCAACCAAGAAGAAGAUUCAGGAGGUUGUAUAGUCCUACUGCUCUUCAAGAAAUUUGCAUAGAUGACAAUCGAGAUAGACAAGAAAAAAGACUUGCCAAAAAAGUCAUAGAUGACCCUGGUGUGUUUAAAAAACCUAUUAUCGUUUCCCAAAAAAUGCAAAAUCUUUUAGAUAAAAACAACAUAGACAUUGAAAACAUUAUAAAUCCAUUGAAAACUAAUAAGAAUAAAGAGAAAAGUGAUGAUAAACCUGAAUUUACUAGUGACGAUGAUGAAGAGCUCGAGCUUUUAAAUGAGCUCUUAAACAAAAAACCGAAUAAAAACAAGAAGAAAAAAGACGAUAAACCAGAAUUUAACAGUGACGAUGAUGAACAGGUUAGCCUUUUAAAUGAGCUUUUAAACAAAAAGAAAAAUAUGGAACCACCAAAAGAGAGUACUAAAUCUUCCGUUAUUGACAAAUCUAAUACUGAUAACCAGAAAAUAAAGAGCAACGACCGAAGAUUAUCUACAAGGAUAAAAUUAAAGGAGAAGUCACAAACAGUAAGUAAAACGCCAAAAACUCCACAAAAACGAAAUCUAACAUUGAAGUGCACUCCAUCUACUUCUGUCAGAAACAGAAGAAGUACACAAGAAUUCCAAUUGAUAACACAAAGUGCGAAGAAAAGGUUAAAAAUUGACAAACCCGUUCAGCCCAGCAUAGUAUGUACCAAGAUGCACAAAGAAGAGGUCCAAACGUUCAUGCAGAUUGUCAAGAAAUUAGGUGGAUUUCAAGUUGAAGAUGAGGUUACCAGUAAGACCACACAUUUGGUUGUCGGUGAACCUAAAAGGACUAUCAAUAUGUUGAGAGCCCUAACCAGAGGUUGUUGGGUUUUAAAAAAGGAGUGGUUAUUUAAGUCAUUAGAAAGUGAAAGAUGGUUGCCGGAAGAAGAUUUUCAAGCAACUGAAUUCUCUCCAGCUGUGGAAAAAAAUCAUUUACAACGGCAAGCUUUUGGCCCAACUUAUACGAUGGACAUUUUUCAAAACUGCGGUCCAAUAUACGUCGCCAAAGGAAGUACUCCCAGAUGUUCCGAUAUCCGUGAGCUUAUUAGCUUGUGCAAAGGGAAAACCACAACCAUUCCCCGCAAUGCUUCCGUAGUCGUAGGAGAAUAUGUUAAGAGCGAAGGUGGCGUUUGUGUCAGUGAAGCAUGGAUUCUGGACAGUAUAACUCAAAAUAGAAAACUGUCUUUCAAAAAAUAUCUUAUUCCGUCUAAUAGAAAAAGCGGAGGAGUUUGAUCAAUUGUGAUUUGUCUCGAUUUUUAUUUAGAAGAAACUCAUAAGUUGAAAAAUCUUAGAUACGAGUAGUUCCCGAAAAAAUUGUUCGGUGUCCAGACUUUACAGAAGCAUGCUUUACAGGACUGUGUUUUUUAUAUGUACUUUUUUAUUUAUUUACUAUUAAAACUAAUAGUUUUUAUGUACUAUUGAAUAUAUUUUAUUUUUGACGUA